UGAGGUUUUUGUAAUUUGUGCAAGUUCUGAACGUUUCCUGCGAUUCCCUACCAUGACAGCACAACUGAAUCCCUUUCGGAAAGCUUUCCAGCAGCCGACGAGGCAACGCAUCAACUGGUUCCCCGGACACAUGAACAAGGGCAUGCGCCAGAUCCAACAGAAGCUGCGUAACGUCGAUUGCAUUGUGGAAAUACACGACGCGCGCAUUCCGCUUGCCGGUCGUAACUCUCAGUUCUUCGACACCAUAACGGGCAGCGGCGUAAAGCCGCAUAUACUUGUCCUCAAUAAGAUCGAUCUGCUGGGCCCCAAGCAGCAGCGCAGCGUGACCCAACAGCUACGCCGGCAGCAGCCGGAACUGAGGAAUAUUCUGUUUACCAACUGCAAGGAUCAGCGGAAUCAUGGAGUGCUGGACAUACUGCCCCUGGCCACGCGACUGGUGGCAGACAGCAGUCGCUACAAUCGCGCCCAGAGCGCCGAGCACAACAUCAUGAUCAUCGGCGUGCCCAAUGUGGGCAAGAGCUCCAUCAUCAAUGUGCUGCGCAAUGUGCAUCUGAAAAAGCGCAGUGCCGCACGUGUUGGCGCAGAGGCUGGCGUGACGCGUGCCGUCGGGGAGCGCAUCAAGAUCCAGGAGAAGCCAGCGGUCUACAUGAUCGACACGCCCGGCAUACUGCAGCCAUCGGUGACGGACGACGAGAUGGGCAUGAAGCUGGCGCUGGUUGGCUGCCUGCCCGAUCACAUUGUGGGCGAGGACUUGAUUGCCGACUACCUGCUCUACUGGCUGAACAAGCACCGACGCUUCGAGUAUGUGGAGAAGCUGUCGCUCAGCUCCGGUCCCAGCGACAGCAUCAGCACUGUGUUGGCGGAAUACGCGCACACCGAAGGCCUGUUCCACCGCGUCAAGCAGUACGACGGCCAGGUGGAGGUGAUGACAAAUUUAUUGGCUGCCGCUCGAAAAUUUAUACAUUUUUUUCGCACCGGCCAGCUGGGCAGCAUCAAUCUGGAUGAGCAGUCAUGAGUCUUAGCCUAGGGGUUACAUAUAUGUGUUUGUUAAGUAAAAAUGAAACUGUUGGAA